AUGAUCACCACAUCCACGAUACCGAGGGAAAUAGACCAGGAGGACAAGGACAGCCUUUCAUACCAUUUAGAGAAAGUUAGGAGGACAGGACACAAGUGGAAGCAGGCAACACAAGGAGACCCGAAGGAAUGUGAGGCUGACGGAGAGACGAGGGACGAGGCCAUCGCCACCAACCACCGGCUGAGGGCAGUGAGGAGCCGCCUGGAGGAGGCCCACGACACGGCCCGCGGGGCGCUCCUCACCCUCCACACCCGCUACAACCAGAGCAAACACACCUGGAACUUCUUCACCCGCUACCGCCUCCUCAAGGUCAUGAUCAAGGAGGUGGUGCGGCUGGAGACGGAGUACUGGCAGCUGCUGGAAGUACCGCGCCAGGAGAAGCAGGAGCCGGUGCUGGCGUACGUGCUGCGCGCCUGCUCCAUCAUUGAGAAGAGCCAGAGGUCGCAGGAACAGGCGGAGAAGGCCAACAGGGCUGAUGAAGAGGAGGAGAGGAAGAGGGAGAACGCUCAGAGGCUCAAUGGAAUGACAACAUCUCAGAUCCUGGAGGAGAAUAACGCCCUCACUAAUGAGCUCUACCGUCACCUAAGGAAGUACUCAUCUCUCAGGACCCUCAUGAGGGAGCUCAAGGACGACUACGUGGAGAGCAAGAUGUACCCCAUCAUCCCCCGCUACUUCAUGCUGAAAGAUAUGAUUCAUGACGUGAUGCGCGACCCAGCUUUUGUGGAGAUGAGUCAGGAGGCUACACAGAGUCCCUCCACCGCAGCCUCCUAGUGGGACACCUCCAAGCUGCAGCAUCCUAGUGGGACACCUCCAAGCUGCAGCAUCCUAGUGGGACACCUCCAAGCUGCAGCAUCCUAGUGGGACACCUCCAAGCUGCAGCAUUCUUGUGGGACACCUCCAAGCUGCAGCAUUCUUGUGGGACACCUCCAAGCUGCAGCAUUCUAGUGGGACACCUCCAAGCUGCAGCAUCCUAGUGGGACACCUCCAAGCUGCAGCAUCCUAGUGGGACACCUCCAAGCUGCAGCAUCCUAGUGGGACACCUCCAAGCUGCAGCAUUCUUGUGGGACACCUCCAAGCUGCAGCAUUCUUGUGAGACACCUCCAAGCUGCAGCAUUCUUGUGGGACACCUCCAAGCUGCAGCAUUCUUGUGGGACACCUCCAGCUGCAGCAUUCUUGUGGGACACCUCCAAGCUGCAGCAUUCUUGUGGGACACCUCCAAGCUGCAGCAUCCUAGUGGGACACCUCCAAGCUGCAGCAUCAUAGUGGGACACCUCCAAGCUGCAGCAUCAUAGUGGGACACCUCCAAGCUGCAGCAUCAUAGUGGGACACCUCCAAGCUGCAGCAUCAUAGUGGGAUACCUCCAAGCUGCAGCAUCCUAGUGGGACACCUCCAAGCUGCAGCAUUCUUGUGGGACACCUCCAAGCUGCAGCAUCCUAGUGGGACACCUCCAAGUUGCAGCAUCAUAGUGGGACACCUCCAAGCUGCAGCAUCCUAGUGGGACACCUCCAAGCUGCAGUAUCAUAGUGGGACACCUCCAAGCUGCAGCAUUCUUGUGGGACACCUCCAAGCUGCAGCCUCCUAGUGGGACACCUCCAAGUUGCAGCAUUCUAGUGGGACACCUCCAAGUUGCAGCAUUCUAGUGGGACACCUCCAAGCUGCAGCAUUCUUGUGGGACACCUUCAAGCUGCAGCAUUCUUGUGGGACACCUCCAAGCUGCAGCAUUCUUGUGGGACACCUCCAAGCUGCAGCUUCCUAGUGGGACACCUCCAAGCUGCAGCAUUCUAGUGGGACACCUCCAAGCUGCAGCAUUCUUGUGGGACACCUCCAAGCUGCAGCCUCCUAGUGGGACACCUCCAAACUGCAGCAUCAUUGUGGGACACCUCCAAGCUGCAGCAUUCUUGUGGGACACCUCCAAGCUGCAGCAUUCUUGUGGGACACCUCCAAGCUGCAGCAUCACAGUGGGACACCUCCAAGCUGCAGCAUCACAGUGGGACACCUCCAAGCUGCAGCAUCACAGGGGACACCUCCAAGCUGCAGCAUCAUAGUGGGACACCUCCAAGCUGCAGCAUUCUUGUGGGACACCUCCAAGCUGCAGCAUCACAGUGGGACACCUCCAAGCUGCAGCAUCAUAGUAGGACACCUCCAAGCUGCAGCAUCACAGUGGGACACCUCCAAGCUGCAGCAUCAUAGUAGGACACCUCCAAGCUGCAGCAUCACAGUGGGACACCUCCAAGCUGCAGCAUCACAGUGGGACACCUCCAAACUGCAGCAUCAUAGUGGGGCACCUCCAAGCUGCAGCAUUCUUGUGGGACACCUCUAAGCUGCAGCAUUCUAGUGGGACACCUCCAAGCUGCAGCAUCACAGGGGACACCUCCAAGCUGCAGCAUCACAGGGGACACCUCCAAGCUGCAGCAUCACAGGGGACACCUCCAAGCUGCAGCAUCCUAGUGGGACACCUCCAAGCUGCAGCAUCAUAGUGGGACACCUCCAAGCUGCAGCAUCAUAGUGGGACACCUCCAAGCUGCAGCAUCACAGGGGACACCUCCAAGCUGCAGCAUCAUAGUGGGACACCUCCAAGCUGCAGCAUUCUUGUGGGACACCUCCAAGCUGCAGCAUCAUAGUGGGACACCUCCAAGCUGCAGCAUCAUAGUGGGACACCUCCAAGCUGCAGCAUCAUAGUGGGACACCUCCAAGCUGCAGCAUCAUAGUGGGACACCUCCAAGCUGCAGCAUCAUAGUGGGACACCUCCAAGCUGCAGCAUCAUAGUGGGACACCUCCAAGCUGCAGCAUCAUAGUGGGACACCUCCAAGCUGCAGCAUCAUAGUGGGACACCUCCAAGCUGCAGCAUCAUAGUGGGACACCUCCAAGCUGCAGCAUCAUAGUGGGACACCUCCAAGCUGCAGCAUCCAAGAAGCACAUCUUACUAAGGUUCUCACUCUGUCUUUAUAUGAGUUCCUUUAAGGUAAAAACAUUUUGUAAAGAAGAACAGUAUGUGUGUAGUAAUUUAUUGAGAGAAUAAGUAACGUUUGGUGUAGAGUUGGAGAUACAAAGUGGUCAAUAGGAGCAGGUCAGAGUGACAUCUUUCUAUAAAAUAUUUCUCUUUCAAAUCUGAACUCAAAGAUGCUUGGAGAGGAUGUUGAUGCAAUCAUUAGGAUGUCAAGCAAGUAUAUAUUUUAUUAAUAUACCACAUAGUGAGAAAUAUUUUAAAUAAGCGUUCUUAUACGGUAAUUAGUGAUAAAGUGUUUGUACAGAGGUUCAUAUAUAAUGUGGGAGUGUUGGUUGGCUGUUGUAGACUUGAGACAUGCUUUCUUACCUCCUGGUAUGAUAAUAAGAUACACUGAGGACUUAAUAUAUUAUGAUAGGGCAUAACAACAACAUAAAUUAAUCUAUUUGCCACGUCAUCAAAAGUAAUGAAGAUUUAGAUGAUUCCUUAUUUUCUUAUGUUUUGUAUACAGUUAUCAGAGAAUGCAUCGACCCUUACAAAUUGAGGCUAUGAGCGUGAAUUUGCCUGAUGGCCGCCAUCUUUAUAGCGUCUUUGACGGGGACAGGGAGCCAGCGAUUUGUCAAAAUUCCCCCCCCCCAUUAUUCCCAAGGAGACAGCAUUUUGGAACUAUGAUCAACAGUCACAGAUCUGACAGGAGUUAGAUUUGAAGUACGUGUAGGCGUCAGGGAAGGCUGGAGCCUAAGCGUUGCCGUAGCCUAGUGCUGGGCGUCACCAUGAAGGCUCAUGGUUAAUAAUAAUAAUAAUAAUAAUAAUAAUAAUAAUAAUUUUUAUUUAGGUAAAGGUACAUACAUAAAGAGAACAUAUAUACUUAAAGUAGUAUACUAAAUGGAAUGAUAAUUCAACUGCGGGAAUAUGUCCUCAAAAUAAACUUUUAUUUGUGAAGAAGAAUUAAUUUGUGUUAAGUUAAUUUAGUACAGGUAGUUAUA